AUGGCGAGGAUGACAUUGUCAAAAAUUGGGACGCUACAGCAGGCCGCCUUCUAUACACAUGGCUUUCAGGGGCUAGUCAUAUUCAUAUUAUGGGUUAUCCUAUUGGCCUUGAAGGCUCAAAAAGGCGGCUCGCCGGCUGCUGCAAAUUUGCUCUUCGCGAUGUGCUUUAUCUCUGUGCCAAUUAUAAUAUACACGGCUAUGACGCCGAGGUGGCCGCGGACGGUCAAAUUCUCGCAUCCAAUCGCGCAAACUGCCCUCUGCUUCCUAUCAACGAUCUUGUGGUUUGCAGGAUUCGUUUCGCUAGCAGUUCACAACAAUGAAGGAAUAUCAAGGGGCGAAGACAAAACUUGUGCAACAACAGUAUAUGGAACUCCCAAAAUCUGUGACCUCUCAAGAGGCGCGAUUGGUCUUGGAGUAGUGGUUUUUCUGGCUUGGGCGGUUACGACAGGAAUGUACGCCUAUACAUGUUACUUCCUAUGGAAAGAAAACAUGCCGUUCACCUCCCACCUUAGACCCGGUGUCAUCGCUACCCAUGAUGUCGAAGCUACUACCCAGGACGCCUUCAGUCACAAGGACGACCAUAACAUGCUCGAUCCUCAGGAGGAUGAACACCCACAGUCACCAUACCAACCAACUUCUGUUACUCCGACUCCUGGCGGUGUUUAUGCGCCGUUGUCAAACACUGCGGUGGGGCAGGGUCGAUGGCAAGGGGAGGAUGAUGACGAGGACGCGGACUUUAGAAGAGAUGCAUACCGGAAUCAACAUAAUGCGAGCGUAAGCGACAAUGGCAUUCAUGGCGGAGGGCGGACGACACCGCUUACGGGACAUCAAGACCCGUAUUCAGUACAGCAACCGAUAGAGUUUCCGGAAGGACCAUAUAACACGGGUUACAGAUAUUAA